CGUACGCAGUCGUGCUAUAACUUCAGUCGACAUCGUGCGCGAUGAUAAAAUCAAGCCCCACAAUGGAGUACUUGAGUUUUGACCCAAAAACAAAACAAUUAACGCUUGAAACAUGUGUCAUUCCAAAAGCCAAGGGCGAGGAAAUUUUAAUAAAAGUGGCUUAUUCCGGAAUCUGCGGAACUGAUCUUCAUAUUUUAAAUGGUACAUUUCCCGCGAAAAGUGAUGCUCCGUUCAGUCUUGGUCAUGAAUUUUCUGGGACUGUCGAAAGUGUGGGCAAGGAGGUCACAGGAUUUAAAGUUGGUCAACGAGUAGCUGUGGACCCUAAUAGUGGAUGUAAUAAAUGUAAUUAUUGUCGGGAUGGGCGAUACCACUUCUGUGACAAUGGCGGCAUUAAUAAUACUAUUGGGAUUUUCCGAGACGGUGGAUGGGCAACUCAUGUACUUGUACCAGAAAGUCAGGUACAUUUAGUCCCAGACGACGUAGAAAUGCAUCAAGCAGCUCUUACUGAACCAAUGUCAUGCAUAGCCCAUGGCUGGGACAUAUUAAGCCCUGUAAAUAUUGGCAACAAAGUUCUCAUCAUUGGAGCAGGAAUAAUUGGAUUGCUUUGGGCGUGUGUUUUGCACAUUAACGGUCUUAGAAAAACUGUUACUGUUGCUGAGCGUCUGCCCAGUAGACAAAAACAGAUUGAAAAACUCAAUCUGGAUUACAAGGGAAAUAGUAUGGAGAACUUGACUAACGAAAAAUUCGACCUGGCAAUAGAUUGUAGUGGCUCAGCAGCUGCUAUGGAAGCUGCUGUUCCACUUCUACGUCGUGGUGGUUGUCUCUGCAUUUUUGGAGUUGCGAAACCUGAUGCGACGAUGGCUAUUAGUCCAUUCAAGAUGUACAUGAACGAAUUGACCAUCAAGGGAGUGAUUAUUAACCCACAUACUUUCGAAAAAGGAUUAGCGUUAGUUCAGGCCAUGUCUGAUCAUUAUUUAGACUACAACAAACUGGGAAUCAAGAUUUAUAAAUUAUCCGAGUAUAAAGAAGCUUUGGAAGCACUUGGUAAAGGAGAAGUCAGUAAAGCUGUGUUUAAAUGUUCUUAAUUGAUUAUUAAAAUUAACAAUUGUUAAUAUUACAUGAAAAAAUUUAUUUUUAAUAAAAUUUAAAAAUAUCAUACAAAAUAUAAUAAAAAAUUAUAAAAAGUAUUUUAUUAAAGAGUUUGUUAACUAUUUAUUAUUAUGAUUUUUUCGUUAUUGUUAUAAUCUAAUUAUGUGUGUGCAUGGUAAAAAAUACAGAACGAACUAUCUGUAAUCUAUAACAUUAAUUAUAGUACAGACAAUUCUACUACACAAUAAAUUAAUGAUCCUUUCACACAGAAAAAA